AGCAUGAAAGAAAUAAGGCAACCAUGCGGGCGCUGCAGUGAAGCAAAAAGCACAGAAGAAAGGAGAAGCAGCAAGCUUUCCCCUCCCCACUCCUCCCAUUGCCGCCUCUCGCGGGUCUAAAGAGACGCUGUUAGCGAGGAAGAAUACGACCAUGCCGGUCCCUCUUGGGGACGACGCUUUCUUCCACCCUCCGCCGCCCACCAGGGUCGGCAGGAGCUUCAACGCAACCAGCAACAAGUGGGGCCCCUACUCCGGCGCCGGCGACUUCGGUGCCGGCAUGGCCAUCGUCCUCGCCUCGCUCUUUUCCACCGUCCUCCUCGCCCUCGCGCUCGGCGCCGCCGUCCGCCUCCUCCUCCGCCGACUCCGCCGCGGACCCCCCGACACGCCCGAGAAGCCUGCGGCGCCGCCGCCUGCAGCGUCCGGCACGCCGACGACGUGGUUCUCGGCGGCGGGGACGAAGCUGGCCGGGGCGGAGGCGGAGUGCGCCAUCUGCCUGACGGAGUUCGUGGAGGGCGACGCCGUCCGGGUGCUACCGGCGUGCAGCCACGGGUUCCACGUCCGGUGCAUCGACCGGUGGCUGGCCGGGAGGAGCUCCUGUCCGACCUGCCGGGCGUGCUGCGGCGUCAACUCAGACAAAGCAGAGCAGACUCAGUCUCGGUUUGUGGUGGAGAGGGUUUAGUGUCAACCCAGCAGCAGCAGCAGCUUCCGUUUGCCUGGUGUCAUGAUGCCAAUGAUGGCGUUCUGAGAAUGUGUUUUCGGGUUGCGAUUAAUUGUUCUUCGGAAUCGCCGUUUGGUAAGGACGUAACUCAAAAUCAAAACAAUUCAAUAUUA